AUGGCGUCGACGUACGGCGCGGUGGGCGCCGACGUCGGCGACGAAACGGACGCGCUGUUACCCAUCGGCGUCGACGACGACGGAUCCGGACGUCAUCGCGAACGCGGUCGACGGGGACGAUGGAUGACGAUGCCGAGCGCGGCUGCGUUGAUUUUGGUGUUGGCAACCACGGCGACGGUGGCGUUUUACGCCGGCGCGAGAACGACGACGACGACGACAACGAUCGAGCGGGGACGGUUGGGUGCGUUUGCGGUCGAUCGGUUCGGGGAUGGGGCGAGCGAGACGGGCGCGUCGCGACGAACGACGGCGUCGCUGGGUUGGUGGUGGGACGACGUGAUUGCCGACCUUGAGAAGGAGGUGAACAAGUGGAAAAAUCAGGCGGAUGAGCUCGCGGGGAAGGUGCGAGGCCUUGAGAAGCUCGUCGAUGGUCUCCACGCGGAAGUCAAUAGUUGGAAAGACAAAGCGAUACGCGCGCGCAAUGAUGUGUCCUUCUAUACGAGGUUAGCCAAGGAACGUCUGGAAAAGUACACCGACUUGGUGCGCUCGACAGACGUAAACCAAGUUUUAGACUUGGUUCCGGGGAUCCGCGACACGGUGGAGAAAUGGCAUGAAGAAGCUUUGAAGUUUGAACAAAUGGCGCGCGCGCACACAAUGGAAGCGCUCGAGAGUUUGGACGCGUUUUCAGACGACGUGAUGAACGCGAUUGACGACGCGCAGUCUGCGCUCGAAAACGUUGCAAACAAUCUGGAAAGCGAAAUUCGAAAACUUGUCGAAGGUGCGAUUGCCCCGUUCCUCGGCUUGGAUGUCGAAAAUCUCGCCGGUGCGAUCCAUGAUGCGUUUAUGAAAUCCUUCAAUCACGUCUCGAGUGCAUCCGCCGCGAACCUUGGGUCCAAGCAAGCGCACAGAGACAAACGACGCGCUCUUGUCGAAGUGCGACGGGAUUUGGCAAAUGUGUUUCGGGGAGAAACCGUAGAGUCCCGCGUGUGGACGAGCGCGCCGACGCUUUUCGGUGACGAGGCUCAACGUGCGUCGUUGGGUGCGAGUGACGAUUCUGGCGACGGACCUUGCACUGACAUUGGAUUUCAAGGCAUGGACGAUUACGAUUCGCAGAGUUACCUCAUGCCCUGGCCCGAAAAGUUUAAAGAUGACGCCCCAAACCCAAUGUUGAUCAAGUUUCCACAUCUCAAUAUGCGAACGUGCGCGAAACUUACAAAGUUGCACAUUCCCAGGACCGUGUCUACGAAGCUUUCGAGCGCCUUCCAGCAGUUGGUAUCCAAUUUUGUCGACGAAACCAUUUCGAGUACUGGUCUGUUAGAUUUUAUCGAUGACGUAAAAAAGUUGGGUGACGGCACAUUUUUCGGUGGAAGACGUUUACUGAGCGUUGACGAGAAGCGAGACUUGCGUGCGUUACAGCUCAAAUACAAGGAUCAGCUUGCAUCGAAAGAAGACGAGGUAUUCGAGCGUAUCUCGCAACUUUACGAUCUCUUGCUUGACCCGUCCACAUUCAACCGACAUCGCGCACCCACAGCGUCGACGAGAGACUCUGCAGAACAAACACGUGAUGCAGCCGACCUCGGGGUGAACUUUUCUCGGUUACUCGACCGUUUCACGUCUGAUUUGAUGGCGGCUUUAGAUGAGAUGAAAGGCACAGAGGUUAGCGCAGAAUUUUCUCUGGGCCUCGCUUUCACCGCGGCAUUCAAGGCUGAACACUCCAUCUUUCACGACGGGGAAAUAUUGAAGGACUUUUUCAACGUGACUUCGAACUCGGUGUCAAAAGUCAUGAACAUUCCCAUCGCCGGUCCACUCCUCGCGUUGGUCGCGGACUUGGACUUUUCGAUCGAUAUGCCGUACUUCUUCCGAACCGACAUGAAGGGAGAAAUUGAAUUAGAAGUCGAGAUAGACUUUCCAAUCUCUUUGACGCUCUCUCAAACGCCCUCAGUCACCGCUGGUACGCCGUCGGUUCUCGCGCAAAGCCCGGCUUCGGGCGCCGUCGUGUCCGGACUUCAAGUGGGCCUCGUCACCCAGUUGGGUAAACUUUUCGUCGGGUUGUGCGCUGGGCCGGUAUGCGCUGGACCACAAGGGUCGGCGCGACAGGAUGUGUACGUUGGUCUCGACGCUUUCGUCGCACUGCAAGAAAAAGACGUCAUGUGCCACGAAGAAGGCGCAAACACGCUGAUCGCGAUGUGGACAGAUUGGGAUUACAGCGCGGCAAUCAAGAAAGAAUGUCUCUUCAGUUACGCGGGUAUCGGAGGGUAUUUACAAAUCCCAAAGACGCAAGUCAGCGCUGUCAUUGCCAUAAAACCUCUACCGACGGACGAUCCGGCUUCGCUUUUGAAUUCUGCCAAGAGCAAAGUUGAAGACGCCGGCGCCGCGUUGGCUGAGGGCUUGGAGCACGGCGGCGACGCGGGGCUGUCGGCAGAUCCAGCAAUCAUCGUGUACGACUUUAGCGACGACAUAUCGCGAGUGUACGACAGUGAGGGUGAUUUCCACGUACAAGAUGUGUUUCAUGCGUGCUCCGAGAAGCAAUCUAGCGAUGCAAAGGUGUGUGAAGAGGAGAGUACGUCGCACAUUACGUGCUCGCUUCCAUCCGCAGUCCCGGCGGCGCAAGUUUCCAGCAUCCGAACUGAACCCAUCGCUGCCGAUCGCGUCGUCGUCAAAAAGCGACUUCGACUCUUGGACACGUGGACAGACGUCGGGAUCCGUGGCGACGAUUACUUGAGAGUUGGUGCGUAUUUCGUCACCUUGUUUGUGAACAACCACGCCGCAGGUGGGAGGCAGUGGUCUGAGACGUAUUCGGGAAUUAUGUCUUGGAGCCACUUUGACACGACAAACUCCAACGACGCCGACGAGGUCGACCUUCACGCCGCCGGUCACGCACGCAACGAUCAAUACAUUCGAUUACGUGUUCUUCGUGAAGUGAAUGGCAAGUUGACGCUCCAAGCUGCAGCGACGACGAGCACCUAUUCCGAAUCGACGUACUCGUUUACGUUUACUCGCGCGUUUUUGUAUCCACAUCCCCAAGCCACGUUGAGCACUUCAACGAAAAGCGGCAUGGAUGAAGUGAUACAAAAGACGCGGACGUUUACGCUCGGCGAUGGUUGGACGGAUGUCGGCGUGGGUUACGGCGACUUGUCGACAGGCACCUACGUGGUCAUGCUCUACGCCGCGUCCAACUGGGCCGUGGGCGGCGGUCAGGCCACGGAGACUUACAGCGGCAUCAUGUCGUGGUACUCUGGCGGUACGAACAACGGUGAGAGCGAUGAAAUCACCCUCCACGCCGGUGGUCGCGGGAGACGCGAUAAAUUGAUUCGUCUCCGCACUCGAAGAACGUGGAGAACCCAAAAUUUGGGUCUUCGUCUCGAGGCGAGAAUCGAAGGCGGCACGAGUGGCGACGCGAUGUACAACUUUCACUUCCGUCGGUUGUUCCCUCGUCAGCUCUCCCCGCUCCCAUCGGACGUUCCGAGCGGAACUGGUCUCAACCAAGUCGCGACUUUCGUCAAAACGUUCGAGUUGGGCCUCGACUGGACCGAGACGGGCAUCCAGUUCGGCGAUCUCGCCACGGGCACCUACGCGCUCAACCUCUACGUCCACAACACGCACGCGAGCAUCGAUCAAUGGAUGGAAACAUACUCUGGCAUCGUUUCCUGGUACGCCGCGAGCACCAACUCACCCAACACCGACGACGUCGUCCUCCACUCUGCUGGACGCGCCAACGGAAGCAAGCGCGUCCUCCUGCGCGUUCGCCGCACCGGCCGCUCCGAAGCCCGAGGUCUACAGCUCGACAUUGCCAUCGAUGCCAUCGACCGCGUCGAAUCUGCAUCGAUCGGCCGCGGUAACGGCAACGGAUUAGGCGGAGGGCGCGGAAACCUCGCCCCCGCCCCCGCGCACGCGUACGAGUUUCACUUUAGACGCCUGGCGUAA